GUGACGCAGUUAUUGUAAAUCUACAGAUACUCCAUGCUUUUUUCACAUGAACCGAUAAACAUAAUUUUCCUAAGCUUUGGAAUUUCAAAUCUUUCUAAAAAAAAUAGCAAAGAAGAGUGAUUCCUGCUGUCAUCUGAAAGGCUGUAUGCCGAAUCUCUGCAGCCUUUACAUUUGGAUGCCAUUCUGGUUGGAGGUUGCGGCACACCACCCCGAGGACUAGAUGCGAUAACCAGGACGAGAUAUGCCGCAGCCGAAAUCACGAAAAAUUGCCAUCCUCGGGUACAGAUCCGUAGGAAAGUCCUCCUUGACCAUUCAGUUUGUUGAAGGCCAGUUUGUGGACUCCUAUGACCCGACAAUAGAAAACACAUUCACUAAAACGAUCACAAUAAAUGGACAAGAGUAUCAUCUUCAGCUGGUCGACACAGCAGGACAGGAUGAGUACUCUAUCUUCCCACAGACCUACUCCAUAGAUAUCAACGGUUACAUUCUGGUCUAUUCAGUCACAUCCAAUAAAAGCUUUGAAGUCGUACAAGUUAUCCAUGAAAAACUAUUGGACAUGGUGGGAAAGGUUCAAGUUCCAAUUAUGCUCGUCGGAAACAAGAACGACCUACAUAUGGAGCGAGUAAUCAGUUGUGAAGAAGGAAAAGCAUUAGCCGAAUCCUGGAACGCUGCCUUCAUGGAGUCCUCAGCUAAAGAGAACCAGACGGCUGUGGAAGUUUUCCGGAGGAUGAUCCUUGAGGCAGAGAAGAUGGAAGGCGGCGUGCAACCAGGAAAAACGUCCUGCUCCAUGAUGUAGAGCCGCCCAAUCAACACACAGGACACUGCACUGGGAUAUCCCGUUACUUGAAGGCUAGCUGCCAGUUCUUCACCACCUCAGCUGACUCCACCCCUCCAGGGUCCUAAAUAUCCAAUACUGUCUAUUUAUGGCUCUGAUUCCACUGUUAUUUAUCAGUAUCUCCUAUUCCCUUUUGUCAUCCUGGUUUUUCUUUGUGUGUUAGAAAAAAACAAAAAAAAGGAUGAGUGGUGGUUCCCUUGUCUCCCACAGUCCACCCCUCCUCCAUGUCUGUGUUUGACACUGAUGCAAAACACAGAGCUUCAUUAGGGUGUAUCAGAACAAAUGUUUUCCUGUGCUCGGUAAUAACGACUACCGUAACUAUGGCCAGAGAUAGUAGUGGCUUGAUGCAUCUUAGCUCCUCAUUAUGCUGCUCCCAUAUAGGCAACGAGUCCUUCUCUGUUUAAAUAGCAAGAGAUAAGACAAAUGUCAUGUCUGCCAUGCAUACGCUCUGGAAACGAAUAAGAAAACGUGGACGUUUCUUCUGAUACAUCCCCGGCUGUCCUCCAAUAUAAACAGCUCUUUUUCUACUUCAUCUCCACGCAGUACCCACUUCUCUGUCCCUCAGUUUGUUUGCAUAGCGGUUACUGUCAGCCAAAAAAAAUCUGCAUCCAUUUUCUAAUGUUGAAAAUGUUGUACAAAUGUUUUUGAUUGUAAUCAUUAAAAGGAAAAAGUGAUUAUGUA